GGUCCACCGCGGUAGCACGCGCCGAAACCGCGUGAGCGCCGACCGCGGAGAGUUUGGCCGUCGCGCGUGUCCGUGUCGCCCCCGAACGGCUGUUCAGUACCGUUCAAAACGCGUUUGCGAGUGCAUCGCAAUGUCUUAACACACCCAUCGUCACGUGCGUUCACCCCGUCAUCAUCGGUAACCGUUAACGUUAUCGUCUGGUAUCGCAGUUUUUCCCACGAUGUCGUUUCGUCCGUAUCCGUUAUCGACACAUCGGCCAGAGCUUCGUCUCGGACGCCAGUCUUGAACAGACUCGAACACCGGUUUCCGGGAAACGAUGUUUUAUGGUUAUUUUUAUGUCACAAAGGAAAUAUUCAGCUGUAAAAGGGAAAUGGUUUAAAGGGAAAAUGGCGGACACUGCUAAUAUUACGGAUUCAAGUUAUGGUGAUACGCCGUAUCCAGAUGACGGUACUUCAUGGUUGGACUCUCCUACGUCUAAUCAAGUGUUGGGCAUCGAGGAGACCGAAGAGACGUCCACUAUGCCGUCGGACAUGAUACCCACGGGAACUGGAGGUCCUAUUGUGAUACGAACCGAAGAGGCAUUUAUCGUAAUAUGUGUGAUGAUACUGUGGGUAGCGGCCAUCGCGUUGUUUUUCAACCGGUGGGGAAAAAUUCGCAUGCUUGAACCAUACCAGCCUAAAUUUCACGAGGAAGAGCACCGUCCAAGCUGUCCCAUGGUCGAGUUGGCUAGCGCUUCAGGAAUCGGUCACAGCAUAACCGGAGGGCACCGUACGUCGUUCUCCAAGUUCAAUGUCAACAGCUGCUUGGAACCUUCGGCCAUAUUCCAAACAAUUCAGCCCACGCACCGGGCGCUGCAGAUUCGACCACGACAGAACUCGAUGUUCGCCGGUGGAGGGGCGUUGCCGGGGGCUUGUGGCCCGCCGCUGUCCGGCCACUGCACGCUAAUGGCCGGUCGUCCGCGCAAGGCCAAGUCAGCGGCUGACAUCAAGUCGCUGGUGCAGCAUGAGUGCGGCCCCGCGCGCACCAGUCGAUCCAUGUUACCGAUGACGGUGGGUGCGGCCGCGGUGGCCGCGGUAGCCGAUCGUCGGGUGUCGUGUGCCGCGUCGUCUUUCGGCGGCUAUGGCGGCGGUGGUGGCUACGGCGGCAGUGGUUACGGUUCGCUGAUGGUAUCCGCGGUCAAGGAGCGUAGGUCGUGCAGCCUGUUCCCGUCACCGGGCUCCGCGUCCGCCGCCGAGAAACGGUUGUUCUCGUCGUCAUCGUCCAAUACGCCACCCGCGCCCUGCCUGUGCGACAUGCCGUUCGGUGGCCAGUCCGGGUCGUCAUCGUGGGCGUCGGCCAAACGCGAUUUCCUCCUGACACCGUCCACAUCGCUCGGCGGCGGCCCCGGCUUCAGCGGUGGCGCGGCCGGUCGGCGCACGUCCUGUGGGAUGGACCAUCUGUGUCCCACGUCUAUCACGCUCAAGGACCGUCGGCCUUCAUUCAACAACGUUAUCGCGCAGGUGACGGCCGAGCGGCGUCCUUCGUCCAGCAUGCUAAGGAUAAGCAACGUCUAGCGCACGGCCGCGGAACACCAAACGCACGUGCAACGGUACAGCGACGAUCCCGCGAGUCGCUUGUCUUGUCCGAGCGCGCGUGUACAUAGCAAACCAUUUUACUAUCGAUUUCACGUUCACACGUUUAUUUGUUUUGAUUUUUUGUUUCUCUCGUCAAACAACGCUCUCAAACGCCGUCCGUCCGUCGUACGUACGUGUUCGGUCGCGUCUCGCCGAUCGGAAACGUUUCCGGCCUGGUCGGCGAUUCGUACCGGAACGCGUAUGCGCGUUCUCCGCAGGAAACCGGAUAAACAACCUCCUGGUGGUAAUCUAGUACGGUUUACCGCGUUCACCGUACGGGUUUUGUUUGAACAAACGUUGAGUUCCAGCCACGACGUACACCCAAACGUGUCCGAACAAGGAGCCGAGACGAGCCAUGCGCCGAGAACGUUUGCGCGUCUCGUGUGUAUUUCAACGUUCUAGGUCGUCCGCUGACAUGGUGGUGGGGUGCACGUGAUUACACUCGAAACCCGAACGUUCGAGUCGUCCAUCUGCUUUUCGCGUGCGCACCAGUCAUCACCGCGACCGAUCCGCGAUGCGUCCCAAUACCGUCCCGAUCCAUGUCCAGGUCUAGUAGCGGGCAUAGACUCUGACACAGGCCGAGACUCUUUUAACGUCAGACGCCGGGGCGUGGGAUAUGAACCGAUGGCCGUUUACUGCGUGAUGGUGAUACAGCCGUCUUUAAAUCUCAACACUCGAGCACGGUAAAUGAGUUACGACGUUUGAACAUUUUCGAUGAUGAUUUAAUACGAGUAUUAUAAGUAUUAUAAUUUACGAUUUAAUAUAUAUAUAUCACACGCUUCGCGGUCGUGUGUCCGAUUGACAUACGUAAUGUUUCAUAAGAGGUGGAGUAGGAGGAGGGUUGCUAUAAAAUUAUGAGUGAGUAGCGCAUGCGUACGGCACACAAUGCGAGUUAAGUGUUUUACAUUUGAUUUAACUUUUUCGAUAACCGAAUAUUUUAAUUUGUAUCGUUAAAAAUGCCACGAGUGAUCAAUACCGACAUUACAAGGUUAUUUUAGACAGAUACGUAUGUAAACACAAUAAGCCGUAUACUUUUACUGUCGUCAGGUAUUAUUAUUGAACUUGAAAUUACUAUGAUUAUUUAAAAAUACAACUUUAACAAAAACAAAACACAAGUUUUAAUUUUUAUCAGGCAUUAUUGAGCCUGAAAUAAAAAUAAAUAACAUAUUAGAUACGUUUAUACGCCCAAUCAAAAAUUCUUUACGUUAAAUACGACCAUACGUAUUUUCACAUAAAAUUAAUUUUUAUUAGCGAAAUGUUAUUAUUGUUUUCGGAGAGAAAAGUUUUCAUUUUGUGUUGUUAUAGUAUAAUUUGGUUUACUGAGUAGCUCCUACAUAACAUUGUGGCUCAUUCAACUCCGUUAUUCAAACAAUCCAAUGGUUUACAACAAUUAUGAAGUACCAAUUUGGUAUUUAUUAUUUGCUAAUUUGAAUUCAUCUAAAGUUUCAUGUAAAAUCUACAUUUUGUGUAUUAAUUCUCUAAUAUUUGCCUAAUGUUAUGUAUAUUCUAUUACACAAUAAUCAAAAAUAUUUUAUACAAGCAUUUUCGAGUAAAAAUGUAUCGUAUAUGUACAGCGAAUGCUUAAAACCUCAAGGGGAACAUAAAUCAUUCGAAUAAUCAUGUUUUCGAAUGAACAAUUUGUAUUUAGUAUUUUGGCGAUUUCUAACAUAAUAUAUUUGAUUUCGAACAAUCUAGAGUGUUGCAAUUUCAUUGUGCAUUAUUAUUUUUUAUAAUCAACUUUUCAUGCCGUUUUCACCUUGAGUAAUCGGUUAUCUCACGAAACCCGAGAUAAAUGAGAAUUGUUUUCUGUUAUCCUCAAAACGACAGUAAUUUAUGAUUUACACGUUGUUAACCGAACGCGCAAGGAUCACGUCAAAAUUGCAAUAAACAACGUUUGGCGGUAUAUCGAAAAGCGCAUGUGGGAUAAUACCGGCAGUUGUACGUCAUUGUUGUUAUUUUUUUUUAAUUAUUUUAUCCUAUAGCUAUGUAUAUUAUAAUUUAUAGGUUAUCCAAGAAUUUUACUUCUACCCAUUUUCCAUAACUCAUUAUACUUCAAAAAGCAUUCAACCAAUGCGUAUAGUUUCUCUAGUUCCGAUGUCAAUAUAAUAUUUAUAUUUAAUACUUACGAGAGCCAAAUGACUCCUCACUGAUACGGCGUUUGGUUUGUUUUACAAUACAGAAUACGAAUAUUUUUUUCAGUUCAAGGUAAAAACUCCAAAAUGUAUCCAAUUAAUGUAUAAGAGGAAUAUUUACGAUUGGGAUAUGACAAAUUUAUUAAAAAUUGUAGUCAGAUAAACCGUUUUUUUUUUUCUCAGUAUCAAAAUGCAUAACUAAUUUAUUUUGUUAUUUUUUUUUUUUUAUGUCUUCGUUUUAACCUUAUUUUUGGAUAACUGAUGUAUACCAUAAUAGUAAUAUCUUAAGAGCGCAAGGCCGAACCUGAUACGAGCAGACUAAUGUUUUUAAAUGUUAUUUUUUAAUUCGCACGAGGGAAUUUAUUAAAAAAUAAAAAAAAAAAAACAU